AUGGCCGGAGCCCGGAGGGACUGUAUUGGUUGGGAGGUGUUCCUCUCGACGGGAUGCCUGCUCCUGCACGUCCUGCUCUUUCAGCCCGCGUCGGGCAAGGUGUGCAACGACCGCACCAGGCACGCACAGGAUAACAGCUGGUUCACCAAGGACAAGGAGAAAUUGCCCAUCAUGGUCCUGAUGCCCAUGAACGAGUCGACUCCGAUGAGCAGCAUCAGCCAGGGCAUUGAACCUGCGGUGGAGCUGGCCAUUCAGCACAUACAGGAGUCCGAGAAGUACUCGUUCACACUAAUCACCAAAAUAUACGACACAGAGCUGUCCUUCGCGGCGACCACCCCGGUCCUGGCUGACAAGAAGAAGUACCCCAACUUCUUCCGCACCGUGCCGUCGGACAACGCGGUGAACCCCGCCGUGGUCAAGUUCCUCCGCUUCUACAACUGGAGCCGCGUGGGCACACUGACCCAGGACGUCCAGCGCUUCUCAGAGGUGAGAAACGACCUGACCAAUGAGCUGGAGAAGGCAGACAUACAGAUCGCAGACACAGAGAGUUUCUCCAACGACCCCUGUGUCAACGUCAAGAAGCUCAAGGACAACGACGUGAGAAUCAUCAUCGGCCAAUUUGACGAGAAUCUGGCCUCCAAAGUCUUCUGCUGCGCCUUCAACCUGAACAUGUUUGGCAGCAAGUACCAGUGGAUCAUCCCGGGCUGGUACCAGGGGAACUGGUGGGAGCAGGCCAACAGCACCAACUGCACCACCAGCAAGCUGCUCACUGCCAUGGAGGGCUACAUCGCCGUGGACUUUGAGCCCCUUAGCGCUCGCCAGAUCAAGGGCAUCUCUGGCCGGACCCCCAAGGAGUACGAGCGGGAGUACCGCCGCGAGCUCCAGCAGAAGGGCGUGGAGGCCAGCAAGUUCCACGGCUUCGCCUACGACGGCAUCUGGGUGAUCGCCAAGACCCUGACCCGCGUCAUGGAGCUGCUGCGCACCAAGCAGCGGCACGAGAACCACAACUUCACUGUGGACGACCGCGAGGUGGGACGCAUGGUGCUGGACGUCAUGAACGAGACCAACUUCAACGGUGUCACCAUCAUCAAGGACCAGAAGCUGUUGAUCAUCGUGGGUGGGAUGCUGCUGAUCGACUUGUGCAUCCUUAUUUGCUGGCAGAUUGUGGACCCACUGAAGAGGACGGUGGAGGAGUACAGCCUAGAGGCUGAUCCGCAGGGCCGAGACAUCGCCAUCCGUCCCUUCCUGGAACACUGUGAGAACACACACAUGACCAUUUGGCUGGGCAUCGUCUACGCCUACAAGGGACUGCUCAUGCUGUUUGGCUGCUUCUUGGCCUGGGAGACGCGCAACGUGAGCAUCCCAGCGCUCAACGACAGCAAGUACAUCGGCAUGAGUGUGUACAACGUGGGCAUCAUGUGCAUCAUCGGCGCCGCCGUCUCCUUCCUGACCCGCGACCAGCCCAACGUGCAGUUCUGCAUCGUGGCGCUGGUCAUCAUCUUCUGCAGCACCAUCACCCUCUGCCUGGUGUUCGUACCCAAGUUCAUCACCAUGAGAACCAACCCCGAUGCAGCCACACAGAACCGGAGGUUAAAGUUCACCCAGAACCAGAAGAAGGAGGACUCCAAGACUUCCACCUCCGUCACCUCCGUCAAUCAGGCCAACACCUCCCGCCUGGACGGCCUUCAAACUGACAACCAUCGCCUCCGAAUGAAGAUAACAGAGCUGGACAAGGAGUUGGAGGAGGUGACCAUGCAGCUGCAGGACACCCCGGAGAAGACCCCCUACACCAAGCAGAACCACUACCCCGACGCCAACAACAUCCUCAGCAUACGCAACUUCACCGACGGCAAAGACGGGGAGAAGUCAAUCCUGAAGAACCACCUGGAGCAGAAGCCCCAGGCGCAGUGGGGGUCCGUAGAUCCUUCAAGAAUAAACAGGGGGCCCCUGGAGGAUAUCAACUCCCCCGAACACAUACAGCGCCGGCUGUCCUUGCAGCUGCCCAUCCUCCACCACGCAUACCUCCCGUCCAUAGGCGGGGUGGACGCCAGCUGUACCAGCCCCAACGACAGCCCCGGGUCCAGCCCGCGACACAGACACAUGCCCCCGUCCUACCGGGUGAUGGUCUCUGGUCUGUGA